UCUGUAACUAACUGGGGCAGCUUCCUAAGGUCAUGUCGUCCAUUCGCAUGAGGACCUUGCGGGCACUCGGCAAACAAGCAGUUAAGCAGAAUCUUUGGAAUCUCCGGAAGAGAUCAGAUCUCUUCCAGACCCAACGCCUGCUCGGCCACGCCAUCAGCACCGAUAAGGCCCAUAUGGAAACCUCGGCGGAGAAGGCUAGGGCUCAUCCUGUUGUCCGCAAGGUACUGGGCACAGCCGAAAAACUCGGCGAGGGGACAGGAGAGAGGAGAUCGAGCGGUCCGUGUCGCUCCGUUAUUAUUUUUGGACUCCACAGUGGAUUCGCUCCCAAAGGUAGAAAAGUAGAGCAGGGAGGGUGGAUAUUGGACAUUUAUCCGCUCACUGCCAGCCCACCGAGACCCACCGUUCACCGUGUUCGGCGGAUAGAGAUUUCUAGAUACUUAACUUAGUUAUCAUAGGGCACGGCUGCUACUACCCUGCAUAUCUGGACAAUGCAUCUGUGGAAUCGAGAACUUGAGCAGAAAUAUUUGUAUAUAGUUACUACGUACUGUUCAUUUAUCGAAGCAGCUGGGAAACAGGUCUCAUUUUCCUCCUACACAGUAAACACAUCGCUGCAAUUGAGGCUCCAGAACUAAACCUUACUUUACUCCCGAUUUCAAGGUCUCCCAACGCUCAAGCCACGAAUUAAGUCCGCCCGCAACAAGCCAACUCCACUGCAAUUCGACGAUCCUAAGCCCUAAGAGAAAGAUUACUUUUAAUGUGGCUGGUCCAGACAUCCUCCUGCUUUUAACCAUACCCUCAUUCUAUUUCCAGAAGUUCCCAAAUAAUGGCAUCCACAAAAAGUAAAUCUCACUUUCAAUACCUUGGGAUUCACACUCAACGAUGCGCUAAACAUUGUAUACAUACACUACCUAAGGGACCAAAAGCCACCUGUGUUUUGUCAACCAGCCCUAUCAAAGCUUCACUUCCAAAGAGCUCAAUUAUGAUCAAACGGCUCCGCUCGGCGGAAUUGGGAACCACUUGCAGGAGUGGGUCUGCAGUGUUUAUGUUUAUAUAUAUAUAUACAUGCCUUGCUGCUUUGACAUCGUCGAUUUGCCUCCCGGUCUGUAUUGGGCUUCUAUUCAAUGGCCACUGUCGACGAAAAAUAUAUUCAACCCACUCCCAUGGUGGCAGAUAUGUAUUAAUAGCAGCGGAUGAAGCGGCAAUAUUCAAUAUUGCAAAGAAUGUUCUCAUGUGCCAGCCAAUAUAUGGUUUGGCAAUCCCUCCAGCUGGUAGCACUACACAUCUGAGCAUGUUGUUCUACCAGCAAGGACAAUCUAUCAUUCAAAGGCUCGUCCUCUGGAUAGAUAAGAUGGCUUUGCCGAGUGAAUUAGGCCCUUCUCGCCUUCUUUCAUACGGGACUCAAAGAACGGCGGCCCUUGGGUCGAAUAAGAGAUGGAUAUGGCUUGUGCAGCCAACAUUUUCACCAUGCACAAAGAGGAAGAUGUACUGCCGUCGACGAGGGGUCCCAUUCCCGGAAUCU